GUGCACGCAAAUUACGUUACCCCAGAUCGUCCGCUGUUCUGGUUUAGAAGGCCAAAUAGCGACAACCCGCGUUUACCCGGCGUGAUGUCUGCGGCGUUACGUGUGCUUUACUCUGCGUCCAGGCCGGGCACCUUUGCAGCCAGUCAGAGUCUGGUGCGUCCAUUCAGUGUGAGCGCCCAGAGGGAAAGCUUCAAGUAUGUCAAUGCUCAGGACGUGCCCACAGACAUGAAGUCUAUCACAGACAGAGCAGCUCAGACGCUACUGUGGACAGAGCUUUUCAGAGGGCUGGGUAUGACUAUGAGCUACCUGUUCAGAGAGCCCGCCACCAUCAACUACCCAUUUGAGAAAGGGCCUCUCUCUCCACGUUUCCGUGGCGAGCAUGCCCUCCGCAGGUACCCCUCAGGAGAGGAGCGCUGCAUUGCCUGCAAGCUGUGUGAGGCUAUCUGCCCUGCCCAGGCCAUCACCAUUGAGGCGGAGCCACGCUCGGACGGCAGCAGGAGGACGACUCGUUACGACAUCGACAUGACCAAAUGCAUCUACUGUGGCUUCUGCCAGGAGGCUUGCCCAGUGGACGCCAUAGUGGAGGGCCCCAACUUUGAGUUCUCCACAGAGACCCACGAGGAGCUGCUGUACAACAAAGAGAAGCUGCUGAACAACGGGGACAAGUGGGAAGCAGAGAUCGCCGCCAACAUACAGGCUGAUUACCUCUAUCGAUAGGAAGAUGCUCACACAUACUUGUGUAAACACAUGCACGUAUGCACACACACCUAAAUAAACACGGCAAAAUAUAUACACUUAAACAUACACAGGCCAACAUGACUUACUACAACAACAAAUAUUACAAAUCACUCACAGACUGACUUAUGCAUAAACACAUGCACACAUACUCAUGUAUAUUGUACAGAUACCUUUAAAGCCUCUAUGACAAAGACGCACACGUCCAAUACUGUACUGAUGAUCCAGGUGAGGGUUUCACUGUUUCUGUAGCCUGUUGUCUGCUUCGAUGUCCCAGGUCACUAGCUCAGCAGACAGAGAGGUGUCGAUCGUUCCAGCUCCUUUCAGACACAGACUCUGGGGGGCUCCUAGUGGCAUUUCUACAAUAAGCGCUUACAGGUUCCAUGUGACGUGGUUGGGGUUGUUGUCAUCAUGAGAAUUGUACAAAGGUUAAAUACUUGUGGACUUUGAACGAUGAAGAAUAAAUUAAUGUUCUGUCCUAAGUUUUCAAA